UGUCAUUACCUUAACCACUUUUUCAUUCUUAUUAUCUGAACACAUCUUAGAUCUAAGCUCUUUCCCCAAACCAUGGCUCAAAAGGUUGCCAUAAUGAAGCUCAAGGUUGACCUUCAAUGUAGAAAAUGCUGUAAGAAAGUUAAGAAGCUCCUCUGCAAAUACUCUCAAAUUCGAGACCAAUUGUACGAUGAGAAGAAUGACAUAGUGACCAUAAGAGUGGUGUGCUGCAGCCCAGAGAAGUUAAGAGACAAUCUUUGUUGUGCAGGGGGUGGUACUAUCAAAAGCAUAGAAAUAGUCGAACCACCAAAGCCCAAACCAGCACUCGAAAAGCCCAAAGAGUCAACAAAAAAUGUUGAGGCCGAUAAAAAACCCAAUCCACAACCUGGCCCACCUAUUAAUCUUCAACCUAAACAAUCAAAACAAGAUCCUGCUCCAGCUCCUGCUCCUGCUCCUGCUCCUGCUCCUGCUCCGGCGCCGGCGCCGGCGCCGGCUGUAAUGUUUCAUGAGACAACACCAAGGUCGGUUUUUGCAUAUCCUUCACCGACUGUUCCUUUUGGGCUUGUUUAUGGGGGUGGGCCAUAUGGGCCCCCAGAAGUUUAUGGGAGGCCUAUAUAUGAUAGUUAUGGUUGGAGUGGACCUUACUAUGUGGGCCCACACCAUGAAUGCUUCCGUGAAGAAGAGGCGUCCGUGUGUACGAUAAGUUGAAAGGUAUAGGGGAAAUAUGGAUUAUUAUAAAAGUUGAGGAGAUUUAAAUGUAAGAAUUUAAUUUAUAUGCACUAAUAGUGUAAAUAUAUUUUAUAUUAUCAAUCAAUUACAACUAUCAAAUUAAUAAAAAUAUUUGACUGUUAUUUUGAUCAUCUUUAAAAUCACUAAUAUGAUUGAUUGUGAUAGAAUGAUGGUAUAAUUUUGUUUUAUACUUACUGUGUAUAAACAUUAAACUUUUUGAUGUAAUAAUUUUGUGAUUUUAUAGCUCAAAGAAAACUUUAUGA